ACCGGCGGAUGUUGACAUUGUGAGCGGACCCUGCUAAGGUAAGUCGAGAGGGGAGAAGAGGGCGUCUUCCGUUGAGCCCGGCAGGGGAAGCAGUCGAAGGUUUCCUACCCCCCCCCCCGGCCUUCUUCAGUGGCUCCUUCCUCCUCCUGCAGAAUAAGGAGACUCUCCUGUUAGAGGCAUGGCAGAUGACAAUGAAGAGUUGCCGGUGGAUGAGGAUCUUCCGGAGGAUGAAGAUUUGCCAGCGGAUGAAGACAUUGCCGGUCCAGCAGAGGACAGCUUGGAGCAUCUCGAGAACGGCAGUCCUGCCGAACGGAGUGGCCACGUGGCUGUCAGCGACGGGCAGUGCAUGUUCGUUUGGGGCGGGUAUAAGAAUGCUCAGGUGAGAGGAUUCUACGACUUUUACCUGCCCCGAGAUGAAAUCUGGAUAUACAACAUGGAAACUGGAAGAUGGACAAAGCACAGAACGGCUGGAGAUGUGCCACCUUCGAUGUCAGGGAGCUGUGCCGUCUGUAUGGACAGAGUCUUGUACCUGUUUGGAGGGCACCACGCACGUGGCAACACAAACAAGUUCUACAUGCUUAAUUCCAGGUCAAGCGACAAAGUGUUGCAGUGGGUCAGGGUGGAGUGCCAAGGUACCCCUCCAUCAUCAAAAGACAAACUCGGUGUUUGGGUUUAUAGAAACAAGCUUAUAUUUUUUGGUGGCUAUGGGUAUUACCCUGAAGGGGAGCAGAUCGGAAGGUUCGAGUUUGAUGAAACCUCUUUUUGGAAUUCAGGUGUUCCUCGCGGGUGGAACGAUCACGUUCACGUCCUGGACACAGAAACGUUUACGUGGAACCAGCCUGUAACCAAGGGUAAAUCGCCGUCGCCCCGAGCAGCCCACGCUUGUGCCACGGUUGGAAACAGAGGCUACGUCUUUGGAGGAAGAUACCGAGAGUCCAGGAUGAACGAUCUCUAUUCCCUCAAUCUGGACAUGUGGGAGUGGCAUGAAAUAAUCACGCAAGGCAUCUGCCCCGUUGGCCGAUCCUGGCAUUCUUUAACCCCAGUCUCGUCUGAUCAUCUCUUCCUCUUUGGCGGGUUCACCACCGACAAGCAGCCUCUCAGUGAUGCCUGGAUCUACUGCAUUAGUAAAAAUGAGUGGAUACAAUUUGAGCACAAUUAUUCAGAGAAACCCCGGCUCUGGCACACGGCGUGCGCGAGCGACGAGGGAGAGGUGAUUGUCUUUGGGGGCUGUGCCAACAAUCUGCUUGCCCACCACAAAGCCGCACAUAGUAAUGAGAUUCUUGUAUUUUCUCUUCAACCAAAAUCCCUCGUAAGGCUGUGCCUGGAAGCCAUCAUGUGCUUCAAGGAGAUCCUGGCCAGCUCCUGGCACUGCCUUCCCAAGCACCUUCUCCACAGCCUCAACCAGCGCUUUGGGAGUAACAACACGUCUGGCUCCUAGGAGGACGGCAAUGAAGCAGUUCCACUGCCGCCAGGCCCUUGGCUGGCUGUGCUGCACAUGAACGAGCCCUUCUUAUAUAAAGAGAUGUAAUAAUUUGAACCAUC